AUGGAUGAAUCUGCGGCUGAUAUUCACAAAAAGCGUUGGCUGCUGGAGAAUAAUGUCCAGACGUCUGAUGCAAUUUUCAAGUACAAUCGAGAGGAACAACAGUCAAUCAGAGCGCUGAAACCAUGGGAAAGAGAUCCUCACUACUUUAAGGUAAAUAGUUUCUUUAUGUUUCUGUUUUUAGGAGAAGUGUAAAGAUGGAUUAUAAGCAAUAUUAGUUGUUAGGGAUCUAAAGUAUGCUUUAUCCACUAAUAUGUUUUUGUAGGAGGUGAAGAUGUCGGCUUUGGCGCUUUUGAAGAUGGUUAUUCAUGCUCAAAGUGGUGGCAAUAUUGAAGUGAUGGGUUUGAUGCAAGGUCGAGUCGAAACUAACACUAUUAUUGUUAUGGACAGCUUUGCUUUACCGGUUGAAGGCACUGAAACUCGUGUGAAUGCUCAAUCUCAAGCAUACGAAUACAUGACCAACUACUCCGAGACGUGCGAUGCUGUUGGAAGGCUGGAGAAGGUGGUUGGAUGGUAUCACAGUCAUCCUGGAUAUGGUUGUUGGUUGAGUGGAAUUGAUGUUAGCACACAGACUUUGAAUCAGACUUAUCAGGAGCCGUUUGUUGCUGUUGUUGUAAGUCUUCUAUUUAUUUUUCGGGUUCCUGUGUAGUUUUUUAAGCUUCAUGUUAAGACAUACUUUAUCAAAAGUACGAUAAGUUACUUUUUGUGAGUCAUAUUAUAUUGCUUUAGAUUGACCCGAUUCGAACAAUCUCUGCCGGAAAGGUUGAUAUUGGAGCUUUCCGUACUUACCCACGAGGAUACAAGCCACCAGAUGAGGGACCAUCAGACUAUCAGAGCAUUCCUUUGAGUAAAAUUGAAGAUUUUGGUGUACAUUGUAAAAACUACUAUUCUCUUAAUGUGUCUUACUUUAAAUCGUCACUCGAUACUGCAAUUUUGAACGCUAUGUGGACUACGUACUGGACGAACACGCUGUCGUCGAAUCCGUUGAAGACGAAUUCUGAAUAUUUGACUUCUCAAUUACAGGAUUUGGCCGCCAAGUUGGAACAGGUAAGAUCUUUAAAAUCUCUUAUUUUGCUUACGUAGUUAAUAUAGGAAUUGUAUUGUGUUCUAGUAAUGUAAUACUGUCGGGUAUACUUUAUUGUCUGUGUGUCGAGGACAUCAGAUCUAAUUUCUUGACACGACUUUGUAAGAAAUAUAACACUUUAUUGUAGGUUGGCAACAAAAACUCGGCAUUGUUCACUGAAAGGCUCAGUAAAACCACGAAAGAUGGCCAGAAGCUGGGUUGUGAAGUUAUCCAAGGCCUGAUGGGCGAAUGUCUGAGGAAGGCCAUCUUUGGCAACAAAGAAGACGAAGUAAAAGAAGCUAUGGACACAGAAUAA